UAUAAAAGUGGGUUCAUUUAAAUAAAUAAAAAAAUUAAUAACAUUGAUUAGUAAUUUAAAAAUGGUGGUGGCAAUCGGUUUUGAAGGGAGUGCAAAUAAACUAGGGGUAGGAGUUGUUAAAGAUGGUAAAGUGUUAUCCAAUAGUCGGCGAACCUACAUAACACCACCUGGGCAAGGCUUUUUGCCACGAGAAACAGUACAACAUCACAGAAAUUAUGUUUUAAAAGUAUUAAACGAUGCUCUUAAACAGUCUGGGAUUAACAUAAACGAUAUCGACGUAGUUUGUUUUACAAAGGGUCCUGGUAUGGGGGGCCCAUUAAAUACUGUAGCUAUAGUGGCAAGGACGGUUGCUCAAUUAUGGAACAAACCUUUACUUGGCGUAAAUCACUGCAUAGGUCAUAUAGAAAUGGGAAGACUUAUAACAGGUGCAAAUAAUCCUAUAGUUUUAUAUGUGAGCGGCGGAAACACUCAAGUAAUAGCCUAUUCACGGAAGCGGUACAGGAUAUUUGGUGAAACAAUUGACAUAGCUGUAGGAAAUUGCCUAGAUCGUUUUGCAAGAAUAUUAAAAUUAUCUAAUGAUCCCAGUCCAGGUUUUAACAUAGAACAAAUGGCAAUUAAAGGCACACAAUAUAUACCACUGCCUUAUUGUGUUAAAGGAAUGGAUGUUAGCUUUUCAGGAAUUUUAACAUAUGUAGAAGAGUAUGCAGAUAAAUUGUUAACUGAUGACCAUUCUCAAGAAGACCUUUGUUUUUCAUUACAAGAAACAGUGUUUGCCAUGCUAAUUGAAAUAACCGAAAGAGCUCUUGCUCACUGUAAUUCUUCUGAAGUCCUCAUAGUGGGAGGUGUUGGAUGCAAUUUAAGGCUGCAAGAAAUGAUGAAAAUUAUGUGUGAAGAAAGGGGUGCCAAACUUUUUGCUACAGAUGAACGAUUUUGCAUUGAUAAUGGAGUAAUGAUUGCUCAGGCAGGGUCUGAAAUGUUUAGAUGUGGUAUUAAAACCCCCUGGCUAGAAACAUUUAUAAUGCAAAGGUAUAGAACAGAUGAAGUGGAAACCCCAUGGAGAUGUGAUUAAUCAUGUAUUAUUUACUUGUCUUUUUAAGUUGUGAUUAUAAAACUAAUAGAAAGGCUUAACAGAAAAGAACAAAUAAUUUUUUUUUAAAAAC